GACUUGAAACGCCAAUCGUAUCCACUACAAACGGCCCUUUCACUCCUCUCGCCCUAGGAUUAUCCCCUGGCGAGAACCCGCCCAGCAUCCCAGCCGAGCCGGAGAAGCGAGCGUCCCGCGCGGCGCACCCUAGUGACGACAUACCCGAGGCCCCGUCCCUUACGCGUCAUUUCUGAGACGCUAGCUGGGGGCCUUGUGGGUAGCCGGCCGGGGUCUCCUGGCGACGACGAUGGCGGGGGAUGUGGGCGGCCGCAGCUGCACGGAUUCCGAGCUGCUGCUGCACCCGGAGCUGCUGUCCCAGGAGUUCCUUCUCCUCACCCUGGAGCAGAAGAACAUAGCUGUUGAAAAUGACCUGAGAAUAAACAAAGACAGUCUUACCGAUCUUUAUGUUCAGCACGCAAUACCACUGCCUCAGAGAGAUUUGCCAAAGAAUAGAUGGGGGAAAAUGAUGGAAAAGAAAAGAGAACAGCACGAGAUAAGAAAUGAGACAAAAAGGAGCAGCAGUGUAGACGGGCUACGGAAAAGACCCCUCAUUGUGUUUGAUGGAAGUUCAACAAGUACAAGCAUAAAAGUGAAAAAGACCGAGAACGGAGAUAACGACCGACUCAAGCCCCCGCCUCAGGCGAGCGUCACCAGCAAUGCCUUUCGGAAAUUAUCAAAUUCCUCUUCAGGUGUUUCACCCCUAAGUUUGUCUUCCAAUUUGCCUACGAACAAUAAAAUGGAACCCAGUACUAAUGACACUAACCAGAACCAUGACUUACUGCAUAGGAAAAGCCCUCCGGGCCCCGUGAAGUCGCCGCCUUUGUCACCUGUUGCAGCUGCUCCCGUGAAGUUAAAGCGAGCUGCCCCUAAGGAGGAAGCUGAGGCCGCGGUGAGUGUCCUGGUCUCUGGGCCAAACUGCGAUGUGAAGGAAACUAUGGCAGAGAAUAACCUGAAGCCCCCAGAAGCGAAGAGGAAGAUACAGCAUGUUACAUGGCCAUGAAGGAAGGUUUCCAGAAAUGUAAAUAUUACUGUAAUGGUAGUUUUUCAAAGAAAUUCACAUGUAUUGAGAGUAUUUACAGAGAUCCUGAUUAUUGUGGAAUUUUCUUAAGAGGUUUAAAUUAGGUUCCAAAAAAUAAAGUCCUUUCCUUUCCCUUCCCCCCCUUCUCCUUCCUUUAAAAAUCGAACAAGCAAAAACCUUACCUUUCAUGCCCUGAUUAGGAAAGAAUUUCUUUUUAAACGAAUGGUUUCAUAUAUAUCAUUUAUACUGAUCCUAGUCAGUUAGCCGCAAGUCUGAUAUAACGCAGUCGGUGAAUUUUAGGAAUUAUUCUCAUUAGUCUGUGUUGGUUUUUGGGGAGAUUGGAGGUUUUUUAAAGCUCUAAAAUAUUUAUUUUAGAAGUUCGCAAUUUUUUCUUUUCUGGAGUUGCAAAAGAAUAUAGCUGUUCAUCACAGUAUUUUAGUCAAUCCUGCCAAGCUCAUCCCCAAGGUUCUCCGUGGGAAGCAUGUUGGUAGUGCUGGCAGUAAACCAACCAGAAAUUCCAGACAAACUUGCUGCCGUUUCAGUGCUCACGCUGCUGCUUUCCAUGAUAUCAGCAGGGCAGUCAGUGCUUGCUGGGGCUCCUUCCCCUGUGCUGGGAACUGACUCAUGGAGAGGAGGCCCCCCUUCCCCCUGACCCCCUGGGAGGCCCCGUCUCGAGGCAACCAUGCUCCUCCUCACUCCCAGCUCCUGGGGUCUGAGUCUUAACCUUUAAAAUCUUCAGGUGAAUAAUCAUGUUGGAGGGGUUCCCAUGGGCGGAAGGGGUUCCCACGGGUGGAAGGUUUUCAGGAGAGGGCUGGAAUUCCAGAACCGGAAUCCAGGAAGCCUGGCUGGGUGGGGACUCAGCCUGACGUGUGGUUGGCAGAAGAGGGGUCCUGAGUCAGGUCCCUGGCCCACUUCGGGCACCACCAUGGUUCCCGUGGUAUCAGCUGACGUCUUUUCCCCCUUGUCAGAGAAGUCGGUGGGGAGGCGGGUGGCCCUCGUGUCAUGGGCUCUGGUACCCGCUCCCUGCUAUCUUUCUAGCCAAGGCCCAGGGUGCUGUAUACUCCUGCCUUGUGUGUGGUUGAUCUUCAGUUGGGGUUCACCUUUCAGAGCAGUUUAUUCCUUUUUUUAUUUGUUAAAACAAGCAUUCGAGUUCAGCUAUUGAAUAGCCUUACAGAAAACUAACUCAGCCUUGCAGGUAAAUACUGGACUAAAACUUUAACCCUGCAGCUUUUAGCCUUUGCCUUCAUCCAGACUAUAAGCCCACACACAUAAGAUGAAAUUGAGAGACACUAAGUGUUGUGUGUGUUGUGAAUGUUAAAUUGUUAACUAUAUGGUUAUCUGCAGGGCUGAUGUCUGCAUAUUGUUGAAAGACAACCAUAAUCUUCUACAUAACUGUGUUAAGGGAGAUUUUACAAGUAGAGAUUCUAGGAUAGAAUGACAAAUUAUAUUUUAUAUUCAGUUGUCUCUUCUGCUUCCAUCUGCAUUUCUCUCUUAGUUAAGAGAGAGCCAUUUGACAGUUUUAAGUCAGUGGAAACUUAUUUUUAGUUACUCAAUAAAAUUAAUUUUUAAUUUGUAUAUUUAACUUACAGAGUAGGUUGGUAAUAACAGCUGAACUGUGUAACAUUGUUGCUUCAAAUUGAAGUUUCUAUUAUGAACAUUCAGAACCAGUGCUCAUAUAGCAGCAUAUUAUGGAGCUAUUUUGAGUUGGAACAGUGGAGAAGCCUAAACCUUGUGCUGUGUGUCACAUACCCCAACACCGGGGCACGGUGCCUUCUUGGCACGGCUCCAGCUCCGCACAAGAGGCUGCAGGACAAUAGGGACAGGGGGUCUGUUCCGUGUGUGGGCUUCAGAGCAUCCAAGGCCGUGAACCAAAUGGCACACCCGGCCUGCUCCUCGCUCACUGACGCCGGCCGAGCUGGUCGCGUGGAUGCCUUCCUGGGUCAGCGAGUGAAGGGCUUGCGAGUCAGGUGGCUCCUGGGUGCAGGCACCUGUUGACCUCCUGCCCCUGGCCGGUGGCCUCGAUAUCCUCUCCCUCUCCCUCUGGUCCCUGCCUUCCUUUUUCUUGCUCUCCUUUCUGUUGUUGACUUUGUCUGCUCCCCUUCUCCCUCAUCAGCUCUGUAGGUCCCCAGCUCCAGGCCUCUGCAGACACCGGGGCUGCAGGUAGGCAGGCUGUUCCCCACGCGAGGACCACACAUGCCUUGGGCCCCUGCAGCACCGGGCCGUGGGGUUCACUGAGUAGCUUUACUCACCUGGGCAGCGACCAGGCAUGUGGCAAGGUUGGUUCAAUGACUGCUGUGAGGCUGUAAUAUUUCUGCGAGUAUUAAAAUUCUUCAGAAUUGUAAUUAUUAUUUGAAAUAGUGUUUUGGUUGACUUAAGUUUUGAGAGAUGCCUCUAAAACCGAUCUAGAGACUCAUUCAGUAGCAACGACUUGUUAAAAACUUACAUUAAGUAAAACUGCCAGUAGAUUAAAUCAUAUGUAUGUAAGAGCUUCCUCUGUUUACUACUGUGGAACCUCAGUAAUCUUGAGAGGCUCCAAAAUGGUCAAGAUGUUGUAAAGUGUGUGCUUUUAUUAAAUGCUUGUGCAGGUUUUGUAAUUCAGCACAGAAAGUUUAACCUUGUAAGGUACAUUUUUGUAUGUAAGUCUUUUAAGUAGCCUUAUGCUUAUUUAAAUAAAACAAAUAAAAUUA